AAACAAAACCGACAUCGUAUCAAUCCACUCACGAAACAGAUUUUAUAUUCUGAUUCCUGAACUAUCUUGCGUCUCACUCCAAUCUUCUUCUCUCUCUCUCUCUCUCUCUCUCUCUCAUCGGAUAGGUGAACUCGACGCACCAAAAAGAUCAACAAUGGCGGCAGCGAUGGUUCUAGACCCAAAGCCCAUCUCGGAACCACCACCAACCCUCCCUCCCACUCUACCGGACCCUCACGCCCUCUCCGACUCCUCACCGUCCCCCUCCGACGAGGACGAUCUCUACAGUCGUCUCAAGUCCCUUCAACGCCAGCUCGAGUUCAUCGAGAUCCAGGAGGAGUACGUCAAGGACGAACAGAAGAACCUCAAGCGCGAGCUCCUCCGAGCCCAGGAAGAGGUCAAGCGAAUCCAAUCGGUGCCGCUCGUGAUCGGCCAGUUCAUGGAGAUGGUCGAUCAGAACAACGGAAUCGUUGGAUCCACCACGGGAUCGAAUUACUAUGUGAGGAUUUUGAGUACCAUCAAUCGGGAGCUUUUGAAGCCCUCGGCGUCGGUGGCGUUGCACCGCCACUCCAAUGCGCUCGUCGAUGUGUUGCCGCCGGAGGCCGAUUCGAGUAUCUCGCUGCUGAGCCAGUCGGAGAAGCCUGACGUUACCUAUAAUGAUAUUGGAGGCUGCGACAUCCAAAAGCAGGAAAUCCGUGAAGCUGUUGAAUUGCCUUUGACUCAUCAUGAAUUGUACAAACAAAUCGGUAUUGACCCUCCUCGUGGUGUUCUGCUCUAUGGGCCACCUGGUACUGGUAAAACAAUGCUUGCCAAGGCUGUUGCUAAUCAUACCACUGCUGCCUUCAUUAGAGUUGUUGGCUCUGAGUUUGUUCAGAAGUAUUUGGGAGAGGGUCCACGAAUGGUUCGUGAUGUUUUUCGCCUUGCCAAAGAAAAUGCCCCUGCAAUUAUCUUUAUUGAUGAGGUAGAUGCUAUCGCUACUGCUAGGUUUGAUGCUCAGACUGGAGCUGAUAGAGAAGUCCAGCGAAUCCUUAUGGAACUCUUGAAUCAGAUGGAUGGUUUUGACCAGACUGUGAAUGUUAAAGUUAUAAUGGCAACUAAUCGAGCUGACACUUUGGACCCUGCACUUCUGCGUCCUGGAAGGCUUGACCGGAAGAUAGAGUUUCCUUUGCCCGAUAGACGACAAAAGAGGCUUGUUUUUCAGGUUUGCACUAAUAAAAUGAAUUUGAGUGAUGAGGUUGACUUGGAGGACUAUGUUUCUAGGCCCGAUAAAAUUAGUGCUGCUGAGAUAUCUGCUAUAUGUCAAGAAGCAGGGAUGCAUGCAGUCCGCAAGAACCGGUAUGUCAUACUUCCUAAGGACUUCGAGAAGGGUUACAGAACCAACGUAAAGAAGCCCGACACCGACUUCGAAUUUUACAAAUGAUGCAUGAGAGCUGGAAGUAAAUUUGAACAGUUCACCCUUCACUUUCAGAUGGUUGUGACAUUUACUUUUGUUUCCAUGAUUGUUCAUGCCACAUUGUUUAUUUAUGUGACCCGUUAAAUAGAUUAAUAUCUACUGUGAUCUGUUUUAUGAUGCUGAAAUUUUUCUAGAUCCAGAAUGCUCUUUCACAAGGGUUCUCGUAAGAAAUUAUUAGAUGGUAAGAAAUUAUUAGAUGGUCCAGGUCCAUUUGACCUGUGGUGGACCACUUAAAUCCAGACUGUUGUUGAGAUUUCUUUGUAAUGUAUUAAUAUAUUUUUGUGGGGUUAUUUUUUCAA